GGGGGGGGGGUGGGGGGGGGGGGGGGUGGGGGGGGGGGGGGGUGGGGGGGGGGGGGGGUGGGGGGGGGGGGGGGUGGGGGGGGGGGGGGGUGGGGGGGGGGGGGGGUGGGGGGGGGGGGGGGUGGGGGGGGGGGGGGGUGGGGGGGGGGGGGGGUGGGGGGGGGGGGGGGUGGGGGGGGGGGGGGGUGGGGGGGGGGGGGGGUGGGGGGGGGGGGGGGUGGGGGGGGGGGGGGGUGGGGGGGGGGGGGGGUGGGGGGGGGGGGGGGUGGGGGGGGGGGGGGGUGGGGGGGGGGGGGGGUGGGGGGGGGGGGGGGUGGGGGGGGGGGGGGGUGGGGGGGGGGGGGGGUGGGGGGGGGGGGGGGUGGGGGGGGGGGGGGGUGGGGGGGGGGGGGGGUGGGGGGGGGGGGGGGUGGGGGGGGGGGGGGGUGGGGGGGGGGGGGGGUGGGGGGGGGGGGGGGUGGGGGGGGGGGGGGGUGGGGGGGGGGGGGGGUGGGGGGGGGGGGGGGUGGGGGGGGGGGGGGGUGGGGGGGGGGGGGGGUGGGGGGGGGGGGGGGUGGGGGGGGGGGGGGGUGCCCCAAUGGCGCAUGCCCGGGGCGGCGUGCCCCCUCGCCC